AUGCGUUUAGUCCAGUUCGUGGGCAGUGCUGCGGCACUUGCCAGCCAUGCAUAUGGCCAAGCGCAGUCAACAAAAUCCUGCGACUCAGUGACAAAGAUCUGCUUCCAAACCUAUACUGUUCCUGCCACAGGUGUCCAGUAUGGAAUUGCGCUCCCUAUGAACGUAACCGCCCCGUUUGAUGCGAUUAUUUCAAUCACAGCCCCAGUGGCAACGAAAUGGGCCGGUUUUAGUUGGGGCGGGACAAUGGUGUUUAAUCCACUCACAGUUGCCUGGCCAAAUGGCAAUAGUGCAACGGUCUCGGCACGUUUUGCAUUUGGCCUGAGUCUUCCACAAGGCUACGAUGAAGCCGAGCAUACUCUUAUGAAAGGCACAACAACAAAUAGCACGCAUUGGACCAUGGUAGCAAGAUGUCGAGGCUGCACCUCAUACCAAGACAAUAAUGCCGAACUAGCCACGAUAAAUGCCACCGGCACAGCACCGUUUGCUUGGGCUCAAGGAGUUAGUGCUCCUCAAGAACCCGCAAACAAUGCUUCUGCCUUUGCCGUUCACCAGGCUGUUGGCAAAUGGCAGCACGACUUGAGCGCCGCUCGAAGCCCGGAUUUCGAAUCCUGGAUUGCUGCCAAUCUUGUAGAGCCAGCACCUCCUGUCAAAACUAGCACUACUACCAGUGCGGCUUCUACAACCUUCACGACCACCACGAAGGCGACUAACACUGUUGCAGCAGGCAUUCCUGCUUCUUGCGCCGGUGCCGGGGCCGCCAAAUUCCAAUCUGUCCUGGCCAGCGGAUGGAAAGCUACCAAGGUUAUCGGUGGUUUAACCAGCCCUCGAAGUAUCGUUUUUGAUACAGCCGGUAACAUGUUGGUGGUUCAAUCUGGAAAGGGUAUUUCACUACACGUGAUGUCUGCAGAUGGCUGCAUUUCUUCGACCAAGAUGUUGGUAUCACAAAACAACCUGAACCAUGGCAUUUCAUUAAGUGUUGAUGGCAAGACGUUGUACGCGAGUACAUCGACGACCGUUUAUUCCUGGCCAUACACUGCCUCCUCAACCUCGGUUGGAACUCGGGGAACUGUCAUUACUGGAAUGUAUAACGGCGGUGCGCAUGUAUCCCGCACGCUGCUUAUUGCACCGCAUCAGCCAAACUUGCUGGUUGUUUCUCACGGCUCCAACGACAAUUUUGAUUAUGCCUCUGGAAACCCAAAGACGGGUCGUGCGAUCGUCAAGGUCUUUGAUCUAAGCAAGGCUCCCGCUAAUGGAUAUAACUAUCCCAACGAUGGGUGGUUGGCAGGAUACGGUCUCCGAAACGAGGUUGGAAUAACUUUUGACGGUAACAACAUGCUUUGGGGAGUUGAAAACAGUGGUGACAACUUCCAACGUACCGCUCAAGGCCAGUCACCAAAGGACGUCCAUCAAGACAACCCAGCCGAGAAGCUCAAUUAUCUUGGCGACGUUACCCAGCCUAACAACAAUUGGUACGGAUAUCCGACCUGCUUCGCGGUCUGGAAGCCUAGCGAUUUCACAGAUCAAAAGUUCCAGGUCGGUGACCAGUUUGUGAUCGCCCCAAAUAACACCUUCAAGGAUGUAAACUGCGACAGCGUAUCAACCCCACCAGCUCUAGUUUUCCAAGCCCAUUCGGCUCCUAUCGAUAGCAAGUUCGACCCUACGUUCAGCACCCUGUACGUUACUUUCCACGGCUCCUGGAAUCGCCAGCCAACGACCGGGUUUAAGGUGGUGGCUGUUCCUUUCACUAAGGGUACCGAUGGUGCUUAUAAGCCUGUUGCACCACGCUCAAGCAACACUGGAUAUACCGAUAUCUUCUCGAACCCCAAUGUGGCAGGUUGCUCUGGCAAUGGCCCUGUCAUGAGCUCAGGAUGCUUCCGACCAGCGGGCCUUGGUUUCGAUAGCGCGGGUAGGAUGUACAUGACCAGCGAUACCACUGCUGACGCAGAGAUCUUUGUGCUGGGCAAGUCAUGA